AUGCAACGAAUGAAGCCGUCUCUCAAGGAUGGAGUUGAUCUUCAACUUCAGACAGCGUUUGCCAAUGGCAACUGGCCGCUGGCGGCGCGGCUGGCCGAGAGCAGAUUGAGGAUGACGAAGGAUCCGUACUACGAGAUUGUCCAAGUAUGUGCGCAAUGUCAAGUUGACGAGCCAUCGACCAAGUUUGCUGCGGUUGCCGCCGUGUCCAGACUACUCCGCGACAAACACCCCGCAGCAGGAGAUUUUAACGCACUGAGUCUACUCGAAUGGGCGUCAAAGAGCACGGCCUCGCCGACAUUCUUUGUGGAGAGCAUCGGUCCUCUGCGCGCCCAAGCUGUCAAGGGUCGCCCCAAGGACAAGCAUGCCGCAUUGCAAUCACUCGAGUCGUGCUUGACUCAUUGGGACUUGAGAAGUGCUCAGCAGAUCGCAGCUGUACUUGAUCGGUCAUAUCCCCAGGAACGACGGUAUCUCUUCUGGAACAUCGCACUCACGUAUCUACUGUCGACGUCGGAUCAAGCCGAACAGCAACAAAAGCGCCUUUACGGGACACUUGCUUUGAAACAGAUCCAAAAAGCUGCCCAGGUUACGGAGCAGGUCCAGUCAGAUGACAAAAAUGUUUCAAGUGAUUCGUACCGAGGCAUCCGCACGGCUGAGGAGAAAUGGCUCUUGUACAAGAUUGUGGAAACACAUGGCUCAAAGGCCGAGUAUGAAGCACUCGCCUACAGCCACAAGUUCGGGCCGUUGAAUCAGCUACGGCAGGGCGACAAGACUCUAUUUGCCAAAUAUACUCAAAAGCUUUCUGCAGAUGGUAAUUGGGCCAAGGCUUACUCACUGUGCGAGGAUGCGCUCUUGAUGAAGACGGAGAAGGGAACACUUGGGUUGCUCGCGUGCGACCAUGAUACACUGGAGUUGCUUGUUACGGCCGCUGGCCACGCCUGCGGCGGCGACGCUCGCAAGAAGGUUGGCAAAAUUCUGUCCACGCUCCUGAGCGUCCCUGGACUUAGCUCGAUCCACAGACGCAAUAUCCUUUUGGCUCGUGUGAACGUCACGUUCACACUGCUCCCUAAACAAGAGCCCACGCUGACAACAGACGGCUCGAACAAAUACCUCCUGGACCUAUGCGGAUACAUCCGUGAUCAGUGGAGCAGUCCUUCCUGCUUCGAGGACAUCAGUCGAUUCCUGGACCUCCUCGAUCAUGACUCCCUGCGGCUGCUUGUUCAUGAGCUUCUUCCAAACAUUCAAGUCGAGAACGAACUUGACAAAGCUGGGCAAUGGAGGGUACUGCUCUUAAAGGUGGAAUACCUGGCGUCUACGACGCGCCGCUGGGAGGAUGGACUAGGAGAGUUGCGCAGUCGCAUCAUCGGCUUUUACGAAGAAGCCAACGCCUGGUCUAGUCCUGGAAAUCGCACAGUCUCUACGGAUCUCGCCUUGUUGGCGGCAUUUUGUGACAUUCGGCUGGGAACAUCAGAACAUCUACUCCAUGCCACUCUACUCUUGGAGCAUCAGCUGUCCCUCGAUACCUCGCAGACCCAGCUCUGCUUGGUGCUUAUGCAGCUCCACCUCGCUCUUGGGUCGGUCAAGCGAGCGCGAGAGCUUUGGGAUGGAUUGGCUGUCAAGCGGUCGACCAUUGACGCCCUGGGACCGCUGUUCUAUGACCGCUUGUCGACGGUGGCACCGAAGAUGCUGUCGCCGAUGGACGAUAUGGGGUGGAAACUCAUGGACACGUUUGUCCAUCAUUAUGAGCAGUCACUCAAAACCCCGAUGCACCGCCGCCUUGUUGAUACCUUGUAUUCGGAGGCCUACAGCUCCAUGAUUGAGAUCCCCUGCUUCGUGCGGAAAUUGAGGUGGAGCACCACUAGAGCCAUCAGUCUCGUCGAGGAAUCAAGGGUUGGGCGCUUGAAUGGCCUCGCUCAGCACGAUGUGUUUUCCGACCGCCGAUUCACCGACUUGGUAGACACUACAAGUCUACACUCGAAGAUCGACUACGGAGCAUUUCCAAUGUGGGACAGUCAAGAGGCGGUUCCGAUACACGUGCUUCUUCGAUACGGUCCAUCGCCCAGGGCCCGUCGCGUGCAAUGUGGUCUGAUCACCGAGGCCUUUCACGAUUUGUGGGGUGAUAAUUCAACAACACCUGGAUACAAAGUUCCUCGCUUGUCUACGCAAGGCGACUGCGCCUUCGCAGCUGAGACACUUGGGCAAUUGAGCAAUACUUUGGACAGGUUGCUUCUGGCUCAAGAGGACGAUCUGACCCCUGCGGAGGCUACCUACUACGAACUACUCGGUGGUGUCUGUCUGCUGAUUGAACUGUGCAGCAACGACCAACAGGCCCCCGGGGUAGUAGACCCUGUCAUAUCGCAAUUACUCGAUGCGGUUGUCGCUGGCUUGGCUGGCCUUGGCGCUAGUCUGCCCAAAGCACAAGAUGAGGGCAUCGAACAUGUGGCGGCGACGAUGCGGUCCAUGCAUACGAUUGGCAUGUGCCGUGAAGCUGCCUCUACUGUUCAGAUAGCGAUGAAGCUUUUGCAUGAACUGCGUGAGCAGGACAAAGAGCAGGUCAACAUCUUCGGUGGGCGACAUCAAUCGAAAGCUCUUUCAGCGAAGAUUGAGUCUGUGCAGCAAUCAGCAGGGACCGCAGCUACCCAGGCGCAAGAUUGCAUUGCAUCCCUGGGCGGUUACACUGUCGAUCAUCUACAGAGCCACAUGGACGCGUGGCUACUGCGGACCGGAUUCCAGUUGGAGGGCCCACAGCUCCCUUCCGACUUCACGCUUCCGUUCGAUCAAAGCCGCUCGAGCAAGUCUACCAAAUACAAAACUCUGAUUCCUAUCUUGGGGCAUAUAUUUGGCAUCACCAAACUCCGGGGACUUGAGAAAUUGGAGCACAUGUGGGGCGAAGACGACGACGACCUGGACGCGGACACUCCCCAGCUUCGAGGCCCCCCUACGUAUGGCGCCAAGUUUAUCGAGUCACUGUGGAAGCUCGCUUCUCACAGCUACAUGGAUCAGUUGGCGCAUGACCCCAAUGUUCCGGAGCCCAAGACUGCCGAAGCAUUGUUUUUCGAUUACAUACUGCAGAACGCCGAAAACGUCAGCAACACCUCGUGUCUCAACUUUGUCGUGGAAAUCAAAGCGGUACUGGCUGCGAUCAGGCAGCUGGAUGAGUUGGAAUCAAAAUCGGCCGUUCGCGCCUACGACGGCAUGCCUAUCAUGCCGCUGCAGAAACGCGUCGAACUCAUCUCGAAGAUACAAGGCCUGCAAAGCAUGCGGCGGGAAUAUUGUCAAGCUGAGGAAUUCAGUCCAAAGCUGAAUAAAGGCGACCUGGAUCGAAUGCUGUACAGUGUUGUCGAUGAAGUGAAUCUGCAGCGCGCAAAGGCCGACACUCGGAGACACGAGACCAUGGAACACUUGAAGGAGAUGGACGAGCUGGGUAAAAAGCGAAAGGCUAGCGGGGAAAGGGUUGAAAGAUUACUCAAGCGCCUUAAGAAAUGCGAGUCCCGGGAAGCUGCAGCUACGUGA